AUGGACACACAUCGGUCUGAGGAGCUCCUAGUCGAUGCAGCGCCAUUAGAGAAGUUCGAAGACAAUGAGCAGCUUGUCGGUACGUGUCGCAAAUUUGAAGGUGAGGAGGAGGAGGAGGAGGAUAAGGAAACACAGAAGCGUCGGGCAGUGAUGAAGCAGUCUCGACGCCACAACUGGCAGCCCAAGUACGAGAUGGAGUUUGGUCUGCUUGCGAUUGAGAGAGACGCCGUGUCCGGAGACGUGCUGCUGGCCAUGUGUGGCUUCUGUAAAGCCUUUGGACGUGAGGGAAAGUACGAGCAACUGGUGCGACGAGACCAGGAGACGGGCAACGAUUCGAAAAAGAGACGUCGACGCUCCUUGACUACUACCAAAUUCUUUCGAGCAUUUCGGGUGGAUAAUAUUCGGAGCCACUUACAGGGUGCUCAUCCACGACGGUGGGUAGAAUACGAGAUGCUACCAAAGCAAGAUACGGUUAGGGCACGCUUUCUACGGUUGCAGGGAGAGUUGCAAAGUUAUGACCAACUUUCGAUGGUGGACGACGUGGUGCUUGGAGGAUCAGCGCUGAAUCCAGAAUCGGACAUGACGUAUGCUCAGGCGCAUGCAUUGGCACAAGCAUCAGCGAUUAGUGAGGCACAACAUGCUGCGGCACAAGUUGUAGCAACUCAGGUAGCGCAGACGUCGACUGGGCUCAACGGAGUCAAUCACAGCACGACACAAAUGACGGCAUCUUUGGUAACUUCAAGUGCAGCUUCAAGUGCCGCUUCAGCGUCUUCUAGUGCACGGGGCACGUUUGAUUACGAAAAGCAUUUAACGGAACAGAUCGCGUUGGAUCGUGAAAAACUGGAGUUUGAAAAAAUACGAUUUAAGAAGGAGGUUGAGCUUCGCGAGCGUGAAUUAGCACUUCGAGAGAAGCACAUGGAACAGAAGAUUGUACUUCAGGCAAAGCUGUGCGAGGCAAAUCGCGAAAGUGCUCAACUCGAGAGCGCUAAAUUCUUUCGUCUAGCCGAAGUGUUGCGUGACGCUAUCUCCGGAGCGCAAAGCUCAUCGGAGACGGCAUCCGUGGUGUAA